GCGAUGAUACGAUGAUAUAAUAGAGAUAGAUAAAAAUUUCAACCGAAUAAUAUUUGAAUGGAGAGAAAGGAAGGGGCAUGGUUGAAAAUUCUAAGCCAUACAAUUGAGCUUACAUGCGACAUUAGGAGUGUGUCGUUUCAAGUGCUAGUGAAAUGAGAAGUGAAUCGCACGUUAUACUUAAAAAUAAAAUCAAUACAUCCCCGCGUUCCGUUCAUUGAAACGGAUUCAUGAUAAUUUCUUUCGAUUUAUUAUUCAUAUCGUGGUAAAUGUUACAUAUAGUAUUGAAUCAACAUCAAAACACUUUUAUCAAUCGAUCGAAGAACAUACCACAAUUUGCGCAGUGAGACAAAAGUGAGACAAGUUUUGUGAUCGAGAUUUUUUCCAUUGUUAAAUGUCGCAAGAGUAAAAAUGGAAACAAGUGCAUCAACAAAACCGAAUUUAUGCUCAUCGAGUAGUACCGCACCGGAUACGGACAAAAUCCUCGAUGAAACAGCAUCGAAAGAAAUUGAGAGUGUGGUGCCGAGAGAAAGGCAACAGUUGCUCAAAUGGAAUGGAUGGGGUUACAAGGACUCAAAGUUUACAGUAACAAGCAAAGAAGAAAAAUUGACCAACGACAACGCAAUUGUACAAUUCGUCGGAAAUCGAUAUCCAAUUGGUGACACUGAACUGCCUUACUUCAAGCAAUGGGUUAUCGACACAUUCAAUCUCGAUCUUGCCAACAAAAAACCAGCUCAACCUAUGCCGUCCACGUAUCCGGCCCCAAUAGUGUGUAGUGAAUUCUUUGACAAAAUCAAAAGCCUGAACAUUCUAUACUCGGAUUCCGGUGAAGAUCGUUUGAUCCGGGCACAUGGACAAACACUCUACGAUAUUCAUACGCUACGCGAAGGGACAUUUCCUCGCAUUCCCGAUUUGGUUUUGUGGCCACGGUGUCAUGCAGACGUUGUGCAAAUUGUCAAAUUGGCUCAUGAACACAAUGUGACGGUUAUACCGUUCGGAGGAGGAACGUCCGUUUCUGGUUCCAUAACAUGUCCCAAGAAUGAAAGCCGGUCGAUCGUGAUUGUUGACACAUCACAAAUGAACCGAAUGCUGUGGCUGGAUAAGCAGAAUAUGGUCGUUUGCUUCGAGAGCGGAAUAUUCGGUCAAGAUUUGGAACGUGAGCUAAGACAGCUCGGUUUGACUGUGGGUCAUGAGCCGGAUAGUUACGAAUUUUCGACUUUGGGCGGAUGGGUGGCGACACGCGCAAGUGGCAUGAAGAAAAACGUUUACGGAAACAUUGAGGAUUUGGUGGUACGUGUCAAAAUGGUCACAUGCAAAGGCGUAUUGGAGCGAAACUGUUCGGCACCUCGUGUAUCCAUCGGUCCCGAUUUCAAUCAAAUUAUUAUGGGCAGCGAAGGAACCCUGGGUGUUGUCACCGAAGUUGUACUUAAAGUGAGAAAACUGCCUGCGAUGAAACUGUACGGUUCGCUGAUAUUUCCAAUGUUCGGAAAUGGUGUCAAAUGUUUGAGAGAGAUAGCCGAACAUCGACUGCAGCCGGCCAGCAUUCGGCUUAUCGAUAACGAUCAGUUUAUAUUCGGGCAAUCGUUGAAACCGGAACCGGGCUUUUUCCAUGGCAUCAUCGAUGGAUUGAAGCGAACGUAUGUGACCAAAAUCAAAGGAUUUGAUGUGAAGAAAAUGUGCGUAGCCACGCUGGUAUUUGAAGGCGACGAGGAAAAUGUGAAACGACAGGAAAAGCAAAUCAACCAAAUAGCCAAAAAGUAUGGAGGUCUGCCAGCCGGUGCCACGAAUGGCGAAAGGGGCUACUUGUUGACAUUCGUCAUUGCUUACAUUCGCGACUUGGCUUUGGAGUACUACAUUGUCGCUGAAUCGUUUGAAACUUCUGUACCUUGGAACAAUUGCGAAAAUCUCUGCAAAAAUACAAAGAAUCGAGUGCGAAUGGAAUGCGCUAAAAUGGGAGUCAAAUACUACCUGAUCUCAUGUCGAGUGACACAAACAUACGAUUCCGGUGCGGCCGUUUAUUUUUACUUCGGAUUCAAUUACAUUGGACUCGCUGAUCCCGUCGAAGCGUACGAACACAUAGAGAAUUGCGCCCGUGAUGAAAUCCUUUCGUGCGGCGGGUCACUGUCCCAUCAUCACGGCGUCGGUAAACUGCGAAGUCGAUGGUAUUCGCAAAGUGUCAGUACGGUGGGUGUGGGAUUGUACAAAGCAGCAAAAUUGGAGCUGGAUCCGAAAAAUAUUUUCGCUGCUGGAAAUUUGCUUACUGAUGAAGACAGAGGAGAGGUACCAACGAUUCAGAGUAAAUUGUAAUGAGAAUUGAGAUGUGGAGGGGUGGUGUAGCUUUUAGGAAAAUUGGUUUUCAGAUUGAUGUUUUUGUGGUGAAAAAAAAAAGAAAUUGUCGUCGAUGGGGUAAAAGUAUAAUUCUAAUAUGAUUCAUUAAAACAAUUUAAGUUGUGGGUUUUGAAUGAUUUUGUGAACUUUUUUAUAUACGAAGAAAAAGCGUAGAUCCAAAUAAAAUUUGCUUAUUAGGCUCAACAUUUUGAAAA